AUGGCUGAUUACUUCUUAAGUUUGAACGUUGCGUCAUCUAAGCAACUAGUCGACAAAGCAAGGGGCGUUUUUCACAGGUGAGACUGGUCAUUGAAUCAGCGGACAACAAGCCGUGCUAAUAUUGCUUUCCUCUUUUCUUCUAUUGCUGCAGCCAUUGUCACUAUGUGCUCCUCGAACCAGUCUGCGGAUUUGCAAUUCUUAUUGUCAAAGAUGGUCAUGGCUGCACUGUACACACUUACGACGUAAGCAUGAAAGCGAGGCCUAAGGGCCACAUCGCAAUUAAAUUGUAUGAAGAGGUAGUCAAGCGCCCCCUACAACUACGACAAAAAAUGGUUCUUACAAAUGGUGCGCUGCUGCGCUUUGUAAUAAUCGUUCCGAUAAUAGGAGAGACUUGACGUUUCAUGUAUUUCCCAAGGAUCCUUGCCGAAGGUUAGUUUCUCCACUGUCCACUUUCUAACGCAUGUUCAUUUACUAUAACUACUCCAGGAAUAUCCUUUGGGGUUAAAUUUUGAUCUCUUAAUCACAAAUUGCCAUUGUUUUCGCCGCCCUAUUUACUUUUUUUUUAAGUUUGCGAGAACUGGUGGCCCUUAGGCCUCGCUUUCAUGCUUAUCUCGUAAGGUUGCUGCUAGUGAAACUCGAGAAUCUGUCGCACUGUCGAAAGUCAUAGUCUACGCCAAUUGAGAUGAAGACUCAUAACCAGUAGACGGCUGCUUUCGGUAUUGUUUCGACGCCGAUCGGUGAAGUGGAAGUGUCAUCUCCAGUGCGCAAAGCCUGGAUGAGGAUAUCUAUGGAGGAUGAACUGUUCCCUAAGCAGCAGAUACCCCUCUCAACGACGCUGAAAUGGACCAAUGAAAAGGUAGAAGACAAUACGUAUGGUUACAACGCCGCCGCAGGAGUUGCCAGAACGUUGCUUAGUACAUCAGCGAGCCACCUUAGGCAUUCCCAAGUCCAGAUAAGUGCUUGAGGUUUACUUCCGAAGCCUUGCCUGAGAGCUGGUAUAGUCACAAGGCAGUGGAGGUUUGAAAUCAGGGUUUUUCUUUCCCUGGACGGACUGCUGACAGCUACUCUCCUUUCUCCCCUUCUCCUGCCAGUUUAUACUGAACCGGUUUUUGCCACGUGAAUGCCAGGAGCUGGACUUGGUGGCUGUCAGGAAUUGAAUUUUUAACGUACGUCAUCUGGUGUCUGGGCAUUUAUAUUAAGUGAGAGCUCAUCCUUUGAACCCACCAUUACCAAAUGACAAAUCAAGCAAUAUUUCAUUAAUCUGCCGACAUGCAAUAGGUAUAACCCUACUUUAUCUAAUAACAAUAUUUUUCAUUAUUUUUCAGUCGUGGCAUCACUACCUGGAUGUGCACAGACAUUGAUGGCGGCGAUUCGUUUCGUGACGAAAUUUUGGCAAAUGUCCGAGAUGCAAAAGUGUUCUUGAUCUUUGUCAACGAAAAGUGGGCCAAAUCACAGGAAUGCGCUUUUGAGUUUAAUUAUGCGAUGGUAAGACACUUGGAGAAUAUCACAUAAGGGAAGAAGGAGAAACUUCUGAACUGAGUAGAGGGGUCUAUAAUCAGACGCUGCCCACAAAAAUGAAGUUUUACUAUAUUUAAAGCUUUCGCCUUCGUUUUUACAAGACCAAAGGCUCCUCCGCGUCACUGCUUGCGAUUUCUCAAAACGUUACCGGCCGUCCACACUAAGCAAUGGAAAACGCAUACCUGGCGAACGUUUUCGUUCUCAGGCUAUUUUCAGACUAGUGUUUUUUCCAGCAGUGCGCUUUUAAAAAUCUAAUAUUCAUAGUAGCUAUCACGCCGUCAGAGUUUUCGAAAACGUUCCGUUUUUGACGGUAGACCAUAUACCCCUAGCCUGUUAUCAAAGACCCUAACUUAGAGAUCGUUUUUCCCUCCCUCUGUUCUUGACCGUUUAUAUGUGUGGACAAUGGAGUGUGGGGUGCAGCCAAAACGAAUGAAAAUGUGUUCUAUUUUUCUAACGAAAACGAUUUAGCUAACUUUAGCCAACAAUGCAAUCGACUGUAAAGUGAUCUGUGCUUAGCAAAUCAAUAACACCGUAGUUGUCGUAUUUGAUAAAAUUUUCCAUUACAAAUGGCAUGACCUGUUUAAAAUUGGAAAGAAAUUUACAAAUUUAGCUUACUUGUUACUGGUUACAAACUUAGUAAAAAGGUGUUUUUAAAACGCAAGACUUUGUCGCCAUAAUUUCUAAUCUAUUUCAUUUACUAUCACAGCGCAAAAAUCUGGUCAAGAAUACUCCAAAGAUCAUGCCAUUCGUCAUUGAAAUGUUUGACAUGGAAAAGUAUCCUCAUGUGGACGCUUUGCUUGCAAAUUGUCAGGGAGUGUUCUUGAACUCGGUAAGGCCACGCUUUCUUAGGGGCGUUCAAGGUUAUUUAUUUAUUUAUUUAUUUAUUUAAUUGGUUACGGCCAAUUGCCUUCUUUUUUACAUUUUAUCUCCUUUUUUAUUUUGUCAUAAGUUUUAUUGACUUCUUACAUUACGUUACAUCACAUCACAUCACAUCAAAUCACAUCGCAUCGCAUCAUUGCAUUACAUCUGCCUCGUACCCAGACGUCUCUCUUUUGAUGAAAAUGUGCGCGCAAAGGAAGGCGGGCUCGCCUCUGCCAUGCGAAAAACGAAGCGCCUGAGGAGGAGGCUGGCAUUGCAUUACAUUUCAUCUCACUAGAAGGGUCACAUGCUUUAUCUUGGAAACAAACCUGUGACAUGCAGCGAUUCUAACCGGGAUAUUCAGCGUUACUGUGUAAGCUUUAACUAGUGCCUCGCUGUAUUCAACUAAGGGAUGUGAUUGCUAGGGGGUGAGUUUCUAUGCUUUCCGUACAGUUAGAGAGAUACUGCGGCAAACUAGCAGGGACUGGAUCUGCAAACUAGCUACUUCAAUAUGGACCUUACAAGUAAUCAAUACUUUUUUACAUAUACCCCUCGCGCAGGAACUUGCUCCCCUCAAUUAACUUUUUCCGAAACUUUCCUGCAGUGUUCCUCUGAGAUUGAUGCAUUCAAGCAAAUUAUGGACAAACUACAAGGCGUUGUGCCCAUGAAGGCCUCCACCGCUGCUGCAGCACUGAAGCCUGUUCCAACUAAACUAUCAGACGAAGAGUCUAAGGAAGUUUCCAUUGUUAGAAAAUCACUCACUACUAAGGGGGCCCAAACGUUGCCAUCAGGUGCAGUAUCAUUUGAUCUUGCAGGAGUCAGUCGGCUUAUAAAAGAGUAAUAUUCUUAUUCAGCAGUGUCUUGCCUCAGACGAAAAUUGUAAAUGGUCACAGAAAAAGUCUCAGAAAAAAAUAAGCAUAGUAAUUAAACAAAAAUACCUACGAGCCUCGCGUCUCCUCAUGGGAACUUACUAAGAUUACCAAAAGCGUACGUCUGUCGUUACCAUAUUGCUGGUUUGUAGGUUACGUCACGGCGGCUAUGUUGGCCAAGGACAUUUUCUCUCCUCUCGGAACUAAAACCCAUUUUCAUGAAAAUAAUUUUAUUACGAUGACCACCAACAUGUCAGCUUUGUCACGUGACUGCCAAUAGGUUGUGCUAGCAUAAUUUUUGGCAUAGUUUGUCAUGACAUAUUUUGAAGAAAAAGCACGGCUAGCACAAUUUGCACUUUAAUUUAAUUGGCUACUUUUGCAGCAUAAAAUUUCAUUUAUUGACCAUGCAACUAAUUAUUUUUUGGCUCGAAAUCAGUGUUGCAGGCAAAUCUACGUAAUAAAAUCAUUUUUUUUGUCUGCUCAUUGUCACAUUCAUGGGACCUUGGUCCUAAAGGAAGUGACCCAGGACUCUUUUCACAGGACUCGACAGAUGGAUGUGCAUAACUAGCUCGGUUACCCAAGAUAGCACCUGAGUGCUGGUUGUUAAUUGUUUGCAGUUUGAGUUUUUACAGUUGUCAGACAGUGAAUUAUGCACUCUAAAAGUUUCAAGAUGUAACUAGGGUAAAUGUGUUUGCCAUUUACUUGUUUGUUACAUAGUUAUUAAGGUGUUUUUACCAAAUUUAAAGCAAAAGGUAGAAGCAAGUUAUUUCUGCAUUUUUUGCUAAAAUGAGCAUAAUUUACAAAAAGGAACAUAAUUAGUAGCAUAAUUUUAGAAAAACACGAGCACUACUGGUGGCAUGAUUAUAUAUGCUAAUCUUACGAGCACAUGUAUCAAAGUCUAGUCGACACUGCCCAACCACUUUCUCAGAUGCAGUGUUACCCCUGUCGAGCGGUCGUACCUUGUUGUCGCCCGCCGGAAAAGGUUCGUAAUGUGGCCUCUGGGAGGGAGAUUGGUCACUGCACAAGUGAUAUGGCUGUGGACACACGUAAAAUAUUGCAGGGUAAGAUUGGAGAUUCUCUACGAGCGUGGGUGUAUCUCUCGCUUAAAAAAUGUCUGAGAUAAUAUUGCAAUUUUAUACUGCUGAGAAAUUCAGAGAUACGGUCCUGAUUAGUCUCCUUGUAAGGCUAUAAAAAUUACAUGAGAGACAUUAAAAUGAUUCGCCAUUCUGUGAUUUCCUUAGCACCUGCUGGGUGGCCCUAUGACAUUUCGAUAAUUUUUUUUGAUAGGAAAUUGGCAGGGUUACUUCAUCGACGGAAGGGCACUUAGAGGAAAAGCCUCAGGAAGCAAAUGGCUCAUUAAUGUCAGCAUGAACUUUCAAAAUAGCAACCAUUUCACAGCAAAAGGACAGGACGAAAUUGGUCCCUUUAUGUUUGCAAAUGGGAAAAUCUCAGGUAAAUGUCACACAAAGUAUAGAUAAAGUUUUGACGAUGAGCAGCGAUCGGUUUAUACGCCGGUUAAAUGAUACGCGACGUCCCAAGGCUAGUUUACCUGAUUUCAACCAAGCUAACUUUGCUGAUUAACCAGGGUUGUUUCCCUCAAAGUUUAAGAGUUUAUUUUCUGGUGUAUACUCUACAUUGAACUGUCAUUGUUAAGAAUUUCGUUAGCCGGCCGGUUGUUUGGCCUGCCUUGUUUUCUACCGAAUGUUUAGUCUCUGAAGCUUAUUUCAUGAAAUCUUUCCAACUGUUUAAUAGCCAUUCCUUGUCAUCAAUAGCGCCAACAUCAAAAGUCAAAACUCACGUCAAAUACUUUUUAACUUGGCCCAGACGAUCUAAGAUCUAAUCACACAUGUAUCUGCUGUUGAAUAUUAAUUUAACUUGUUAGCUGUUUUUGUGUAUAUCUUUUCCAAAUUUCCCACCAAACGUACAAGGCUGAACUGAAAGACAAACCUCUAUAAGUUUGUAACUAAUGAGCGAUCUUUUCUUAGCUAUGAAGUAAGCAGUGAUCGGAAUUUUUGUAGAUAUAAAUUGUUAUGUUGCCUGAAAGGAAAAAUUUCCCGUCGGUUUGAUUUUUCCAUUCAAAAAAUACCUGAGUAAAGCCAAGUUGAAGAAAAUUUGCGACCGGUUCCACAUUUGGUACAGUCUAAGAGGAAGAACGUUCUUCUGGAUUAUUUAAUUCUUUUUUAAAAAUCCGCCACAAACGCCACCCCCCUCCCCUACAUGAUUGACUCAGUCCGAAACCUUAAAAGUGCCUGAGCUUCAAAAAACACCUGACAGUACACAGGGCGCAGAGUACUACUUUUAGGCGUUUUUGCCUAAGGGACAGACCAUUAGAAAACUUAUGGGGGGGCGAAACAAAAAAAAAUAUUCGCGCAAGGGAAAAUUAAAUGAAAAAAAAUUCAUGCACGCCAAUUAAUCCUGAAAAAAUAUUCAUGCUAUGGCCUAAAAAAAAAUCAUACAAGGAAUUUGAUAACAAAAAAAUUCCUGCGCCUCGAAAAUUCCCCUCUCCCCCCCAUAACUUUUCUAAUGGUCCGUCCCUAAAUACUUUCAGGACUCGGACCACCAACCAAGCUCUUAAAGAAACUGGUGAAAUCAUGCUAGCUGUGACUAAAACCUUCUCUCUGUUCAGAUGAUCACUAUUGGGCGGUUACGUUAAGCCUCUGGUCUUGUCUCCUUUAUCCUUACACAUCAGUUGGAAGUGGACAUUAAUAAAGAACCGGUGACAUAGUUCGAAACUCCUUGUAGGGAAUGUAGGCCCCGGUGUCGUGGUCUCUCUGACUCGUGCUGUCAUUGGUCUGGGUGGGCGUGGUGAGAUCAAACAAGGACUGAAUGGUCUGCAUAGUGGGCUUUUAAAUUUUGACGUCCGAUCCCGGGGGGGGGGGGAGGGGGUACUGCCAUAUAUGGGCUAUAUAGGUAUGUGCCGCUGUGGAGGGUAUGAUUUUCAAGCAGUUUACUCUAGGAUAGGGUAUAUGAAUCAGAGCGUUUGGGUCUAGAAUAGGGUAUCAUUUUUCAGGAAACUGAUCAGUUGGUUGAAGAUUUUAUCUAGACUAGGGAUUAUGGUAUAAGGUUUGUUUUGGCUAGACUGUGCUAGUGACUUCAGUAGUUUCUGGAAAACAGCUACUCUAGGAUAGGGGGGAUUUGGGGAGUUUACUCUAGUAUAGGGUAGCAAAAUUCAGCUGAACUAGCUCUGGGAUAGGCUAAGGGUUCCAGGGUCCCAGCGGCACAUCACCACCCAGAAAUUCCUAAAGUACCCCCCGCCCGGUCCGAUCUCACCUCUCUGCAUGGUUCCUCCGCAAUUCAGACACAGGCCGCUGCAAGUGAGGAAUGUUGGCACCGUUUAUUCUUACCGUUUAACCGUUGUUGUCCGAAAGUCUUCCACUGUAAUUGAAUUGAAUUCGAAUUUCGCGCGAUGAUGUAGCAAAACGGAACAGUCACGGACGACAGUCGUGACAUUCUAAGCGAUUUGAAUUGUGUGUGACUAUGCCUUUUGUACUUCUUUAACAAUCAUUUGCACUGACCCCUUCACAGGUUCUACAGUGCAAUUUGCUAAGCAGUAUGCAAGGCACCGGGUACUGUAUGAAGGAGCAGUCAAAGGAGUGCAGAUGAUGGGGCGCUGGCGACUGGAAUCAAGCCCAAGCAUCAAAGGAGAAUGGGCCAUGUGGCCUGUCGGCGGCGGUCGCUGA